GAGAACGCCAGUCUGUCCUGGAAUCCUGAACGGUACGGUUCUUGUUCAUUCGCAGCUCUCUGAUCUCAUCUCGUCUCAACAUAAGUCUCGCAAAAUCUGUCUCAAGCAAGAUAAGCAAAUCGUUGUCGUCAUUUAUUUCGAGUGCUGCAAACUAGGCAGAAAUUUUGCCAACGGUUUGUACAGUUAAUGUAUUUUGUUGGAUUUAUUGAACCGGAAGUGGACAUUUGAUUUGAGAAAAGUCGGAAUUUUCUCCAUUUCCUAAUUAACUUAUCCAAUAAUAUUAUUUUUUAUUUCGAGUGGUGGAUGGAUAGAUUUAAUUAAAAGAGUGAGACGUGUCAGUGUGUCAUCUUUUUUUACGGAUUUGGACAAAUUGUAACGGACGACCCAGAAGAGAUAAGAAGAAAAAAACAUUGAUCCGUACUAGUUUGGUGGUUUGGUUUGGAUUUGGAUUUGUGGUGAACUACGGACGGACGAAACGACUUAUUGACUUUCUACUACCACUGUUUUGAUCCGGAAAAGGUUAUCGAUUUCCACGGACAUGAAUUGGAUUGGAUUGGACGGAUGUAGAAUUGUUUGACAAAAUUCUGAUUCUGAUUGUUCGAUAUCCUCUCCAAAACACAGGGAAUAGUUCGUGACGGGGAGAUACAGAGCAUGUUCUGAGAGUGAUUCUUACCGUGUGAGACGAGAAAAACAUACAGAUUCGGAUUUUGAGACGAUAUUUAUUUACAUAUUAUUCGCCGCUGAUAAGCUAACUAUUGCAGAGACGUCGAUAAGGUAUUUUGAGAGUGAUUAGUGAAUUUAUUUAAUCUGGGACAUUUUGCCGGCAGGAAUUUUUGGAUAGUAGACAUAAUAAAAACAAGAUUCAGCAGAAUCUUCAGAAAACCGGACAUUUUCCUCCCCCGAAAAUAAAUCCACCAACAAAACAAUCGAGUCGUCCAAAUGAUGAUGGGAACCUUCCUGUAGCGAAAAUUACCACAUUUUUUUCUUAAUUCAUGCCCCUUCUUCUUCAUCGCAAUCAUUAAGGAUCUCACCUUCCAAGGUCAAAAUUGAAAACCGGACUUACAACCACGAAUUCACUCAACUAUUCUCUUAUCAAAGGAAAACUAUUGAUUUUCCUCAACCGGAUGCAGACUUGGAUUGCUUGACAAAUUUUGUGUUGUUGAUUGUUCAAUACCUUUCAGCUCUACAGCUCGAGUGACUCUAGCGUGUGAGACUGGGUGAAGAACAAUAGAACAACUUUAGAACAACUACAGUCGUAGUGAAAAACAAUUGAUGUCGAAGUGAAGUGUGAAUUUGAACAGUACAAUUUAUUCAAGGAAGUUAAAAAUACGACAAAAAUAAAGACACUCUGAUGCUACACCUUGGCCAAUUCAUUACCCAAACAAAAGAUCAAUAAUCAAUCAAUAAAUACGGAACAAUGAUGACUAAUUUUCACCACCUUGGCACCUUUCUCCUCCUAAUUGUCGCCCUCUCCUCGUCUGAAGUGUCGGCUUACAAGAGAAGUUCGAGACACCACCGACCACGAGAGAUAAGCACACCAAAGAGCACGACCCGGCCCACUAUUUCACCUCUCGGAGCAUGCGACGGUUGGUGGUGCGGUGCUGGAAAGCAGUGUGAAAUUGGAUCUGAUGGCCUCGCAAAGUGCGGCUGUGUCCAAGAAUGUCCCAAGGAAUCCUCAUCUCCCGUUUGUGGCACGGAUGGCUCCUGGUAUUCGACGCAUUGCGAACUUCACCGCAAAAAUUGUCUCUCCACGGACGGUCCUCAACUCUCCAUCGACCACACGGCGACCUCCUGCCCACAAUUUAAACCCAAGAACAACAAGAACAAUAAUAAGGACAAGAAGAACAAGAACAAGGGAAAACGAGGUCAACAAAAGUUGGAUGGUGGAAAUAAAGGUGGUCUCUCGGAAAACGAUGUGCGCGAUUAUAAUUACGGAGCAAAAUACGGCGAGGACAAGGACGACGCCAAGUUUAUCGAAAAAAAGGUGACCAAGAAACAGAAAUGGUCGAAAGAUGAGGACAAUUUGUUAGAAGAUAUCGACGACGAGGACGAGCUGGACGACGAUGAAGAUGACGAUGAUGACGAAGAAGACGACGAAGAACUCGAACUCGACCAAGAACUUAAAGAACAGGAGGACGAAGAAUUAGCCAUGGACGGUCAAAAAGUAGAAAAUCGGCCAUUUUUAACGACCACUUUUGCACCACCACCAGUGCGACGAAUGAGCCAACAACGACCUGUUUUUCCGUCAUCAUCCUCCUCCCGACAAGAAAUCAGACCCAGAGAUUCUUCAACUAACCGAUGCUCGCCGCAGGAAUAUGAAAUAUUAAAAGAUAACCUUCUCCUCUACAAUCACGAGAGGAUGAUUGGCGGUGUGCGAAACUUUAAGGCGGCGAUGGAAGGGGGCAAAGACGGCUCGCUGGAUGGCGGCGGGGGCGAAGGACCGGAAGCAGGGAAGGAUUAUCUGCUCUCACUUAUUUUCUCCCACUUCGAUAAGAAUAAUAAUGGCGCACUGGAAUACGAAGAACUUCAGAGGGUCGAUAUGGAGGAAUCUCUAAUCAAACUGGCGGCCGGGUGUAGUCUCGUGCAUUUGCUGAGAUUUGACGACUCUGACCAUAACGGACAGUUGAAUAUUAACGAGUUUUAUACAGCAUUUAACAAGCUUUACAGCGUGUCUGUAAUCUCGUUGGACAAAGCGCUCGAAACCACCCACGUGACCGCGUCCGUCGGGGACAAUGUCGAAAUUAAAUGUGACGUGAGCGGGAGUCCCCCCAUGCCAAUUGUCUGGCGACGAUAUGGGGUUGACCUCUCCAGUUUGAAUCAGGACGAGCAAAUCCGCGUAUUUCCGGAUGGGACGCUGUAUUUGAACAAGAUCCAACUUCUCCAUGCAGGAAAUUAUAGUUGUCACGCUCAACGAAACCAGGAAGUCAUUCAGACUCAUGUUCUCACAGUGCAGAACCAACCUGACGUUCGUGUCAUGCCCCACAUCGUGUGGGAACAGCCCGGUUGUGAGGUCAGUUUCGAGUGCAGAGUUACUGGAGAACCGUUCCCUGUUGUGCAGUGGUUGAAGAAUGAUGAACCCCUCCCUGUCGACAUGGGGGACAAGUAUGUCGUUACAGGGGACGGGAUAAGGCUAACGUUGAAGGACAUUUACUUUUCCGACACGGGGGCAUACAUGUGCAAGAGUCAAAACUCCGCCGGAAAACGGUUGGACAUCGGUUCGCUGGUGGUUAUCGACCAGCAGACGCCAGCCACAGUGCAAAUCAACGAGUCUCAAUUCCUGGUGUUUCACUCCCGUGGAAUUUCGGUGUAUGACCCUUCAACUUGUCGGAUUCAGCAUCAAAUCCAGGGCACGGAUAUUAUUCCGGGGACACAGGACUAUGUUUGUGGGGAUCAUACCGUUUCUUGCGACUGGGGUCGAGCAAUUCGCGUCUCGUCGAGUUACGUUUAUGUAUCGCAGCCGAAAUUGGACCGUGUUCUUGUCAUCUCAAAUUCGCAAAUGGUUGUGGUCGAUAUGGUUCCAACGGACAGAUUCCCCGUGGAGCUUCACUACGUCCCUCAUUUGGAUCAGGUUUGGGUCGAGUGUUGGCGAUCGGACGAAACUCCAACGCAGAAAACGUUGCAAGUGAUCCGAGAAGGGAAAGUGAAACGGAAACAUCAUACCGUUCAUCCGGAACCCAUCGAUAGCCAUUUUGACCUCGUGGAACACCUUUUUAUUCCCCCUGACUCGGAAUCUUCCUCCCAGUUCAGGUAUGCCUACGUGGGUCACAAGAAUGGUCGUGGUUUGUACAAGAUGGACCUCGUGGCGUUGCGUUACACCAAAUCGGUCGAUCUCACACCGUACAACUGCGUUCCACAACAUAUCCAGUUCUCAUCGCUGUACGGAAUGGUCAUCGUGGAAUGUUUCGAACCCGUUACAAAUCGAGCAACGGGUCAACUUGUCUUGGACGCUCUCACUGACUCAGUAGUCUAUUACAAAGGUGAUCGUCUUGGGAGGCCCUACUUGAGUCCAGACAGUAGGAAAUUGGUCACCGUGUCGCAUUCUCCGGACGGAACGACGCUAUUGCUUCAGCUCGUUCGAGAGAACGGACUCGAAUUUUCUUUCGAUGUCAAGACAUCUCUAAACAUUAGCGACGUGACCUUCUUUCCAUCCCAACGAUCUCACACAUACGAUCUCUACGCCAGCUCGGUGGACAAGGAUGACGUCCUCUUUGUAGAUUUAGAGUCAGGGAAAGUCGAGAUGGUUUCUGGUGUCAGUGCCAUCAUUGGCGACUCAAAUUGGAGGUCACCUCCCCGGUCCAUAUCGUCGCAAGGUCUCUUCAGCAAAUAUCUUGCCACCCCGUCGGCCGACGCUGUUUUUGUCCUCAACGGACAAACUCACACAAUCAAUUGUCAAAUUGGGGGAUUAACCAAGCCGGGACUUAUCGUCUGGUUGUAAAAUGGCAGGAUUAUCAGCAGCAUCAACUUAUCAAGAUCCAUCAUCAAUAUUAUGAAUGAAUGCACACGAACUUAUAGGAAUAAAAUAAUUGUAAUGGAGGAAUUUUUAAACUUUUAAUCCUAAAGAUCGUCUAUUUCUACACAACAAGCUACAUUAUGUAAAAAAGCGUCAUCUAAUCUUUUUCCCUAUUUGGAGAUGAAUUUUUCUUUAGAAUAAUUCGUACUUUUAGUCAUUUAUUAAUUGUCCUGUUAAAUAGAUAAAAAUUGUCCUAUUGUGUUUAAAUCUGUGUCACUUUUUACCUAGUUUUUGUGGAUUUUUUUCCUUAAUCGGCACAAUUUAUUUUGAUCUAGAUAUAUCUCUAUAACGGCCUUAUCAAUAAAAUGUUGAGUAUAGGAACGACAACAUAUGUACAUACAUAAUUAAUUACGCGAG